AUGUCCAGCCCUGACUGUUCGAGGUCAGAACCGACACAACAGAGCAGCGACCGCAAUGAUGCCGACAACGAGCCUCCGCCAGCGACUGGGCCAACACAGUGGACAACGACUAACGCCGCUCUUGUAAAUGAGCAGAGCGCAAGUCAUAAUACAGACUUCCCCGUAUCCUUUCCAGCGGUCGACAAUCCCUUGAAUCUCUCGAACUGUUUUAUGUCCACCACGAUUGCGCCGUCUCCCCCUCAAGCCAGCUACGCCCAGUCUGCUAGCAGCCAUCUAAACCUUGCCGCGAUUGAUACAAAUUCCCGGUUUCUUCGCGGGGAUUCGGGGAGCCAGAACUCGAGUCCUCUAAGCGCAGGCCUACGAAUCCAAACCGAUAUUAUACCCAAUUACACCGUCACAGCAGCGAGUGCUCAUAACACGGCACGAAGUUCAAGUGACUCGACGAGGGCUCCUUCCAACUCGGCGAAUAUCCCUAUCAAACCGAUACAGCGAACACCGAGUAUCAAGAACAUAUUAGCGAGCAGUGUGGGGAGUAACUCGAAUUUGGGAUCGGCGCCAAACUCUGCAUUAUCGUCUCCGAUGCUAAAUGCUAUGGCCGAUGUGACCCCCCUGCCGUCACCACUCAUGUCUGGAGAUUCCCCUGGACCUUGGAAGAAACUUGGAUCUCGGCCAGCUUCCCGGGACAUCAUGAUCCCCGUAAACUCCGAUUCAGCGUUAGUCACUAGCAACGGCGAGUCGAUAUCAUCAGCCCUAGCAAAUCAGUCCAAACGGCGCGCCUAUCAAGAAUUAAUCACAGGUCCCGCAGAAUCUGGCCUUGCCAAUGCCCAAGUAAACAAGGAGAAGAGCGCAGAAGGCCAUACAAGGAACCGGAGUGUCAGUGAGUACAUGCCGGAUUCGAUGCAGAUACCCAAAAUUCGGCAUAUCACAGUUUCAGGAUCUCACGCACCGAUACUCGAUGCCACACCGGACUCCGCUACGCCACUCGAUACUCACAUGCGAAGAGAACCUCACUUAGCUUUGCAAAGGGGUCUGGGUCCCAUACCGAGACCUCCAACCCCACCAUCAAGUCGCACUGGAGGCGAGAGUAGUGAUAGCGAUUCCUCAUUAUCAAGCAACCUACCUCGAGCGCACAGGAAACCGCACUACGAGUAUUUUGAAGCCAUUACGCACAAUGACUCAAAAAGGAGGAGAUGGAGGGCGGUAAAACCAUUAGGCCAGGGGACAUUCAGCAGGGUAAUGCUUGCAACUAGCCAAGUGGCCGAUAUAGAUGGCAGGAUAGACGAAAAUUAUGUGUCUCCACAAACAGUGGAGGGCCUCCCUACUCCCGUGCAAACCGAGUCCAAAAUCGACCGUAAGAAGCUCGUCGCCGUGAAAGUAUGUGAGCAUGGCCCUAAAGGCGGGGCUUCUGAGGAGCGUGUUGAAAUGUCCCUAAAACGAGAGCUGGAAAUCAUGCGGUCAAUACAUCACCCCUCACUGGUGCAUCUCAAAGCAUGGAGUAUUGAGGAAAGCCGAGCGAUUCUGGUUCUGAGCUACUGCCCGGGAGGCGAUCUCUUCGAUGUCGCGAGCCAACAUCGAGGUCUUCUUGUUCCGGGAUUACUGAGGAGAAUGUUUUCCGAAUUGGUCGGAGCAGUAAGGUAUCUACAUGAGAGGCACAUAGUGCACCGGGACAUCAAGCUUGAGAAUGUCCUGGUAAACCUUCCUCAAUCUGAGCUCUCCCGGCCUCUCAAUUGGGCUACAUAUCCGUACUCUGUUAUUACUCUCACUGAUCUCGGUCUUUCGCGACGAGUGGCUGAUGACGAGAAACUUACUACUCGCUGUGGCUCCGACGACUACGCGGCACCCGAAGUUAUCAUGGGCCAACCGUACGAUGGCCGGGCUACAGAUGCCUGGUCUCUUGGCGUCCUGUUGUAUGCAUUGUUAGAAAGCAGGCUACCAUUUGAUCCCAACCCAGGCAUGUCCGAAGGGCAUAAACAGCGCAGCCGGACAAGCCAUCGUAUUGCUCGGGUGGAGUGGCGAUGGAUCGAGUAUGCUGGGGAUGAAGGCGAUCAUGAAGGGGAUCCUCAAAAGUUCCAGAACAAGGACCUCCUGGGCGCCAUGAUCGUAACCGAAAACUUGCUGAAAAGAGCGAGGAGUAGAUGGACCAUGGAGAAAGUCGCGCAGGAGCCCUGGGUUAAGGCUGGGAUCGAAGUCCAAGGUGGUAUCAAAUUCCGGGAAGAAGAUAUUCCAGAAGAGGUGGUUCCCUACAAUCCGGGGAUGCAGAGCCCAUUAUAA